UAGCGGCAUGACUUGACAUCUCCUAGGUGAAGUAGCAUCCAAUCCAAGAGCAGCAUCUUAUCAUCUGUACCUCCUCUCCCCUCUUUCCAAGCAAAGACACCGAGAGAGAGAGAGAUGGAAGCAGUGGCAUCCAAACCAGUGAUCAAAGUCGUAGCCCUUUGCGGGUCUCUACGUAAAGGCUCCUUCAACCGUGGCCUCCUUCGUUCUGCAAUUCAGAUAAGUAAGGAUUCAGUGAAUGGCAUGGAGAUUGAGUACAUAGAUAUUUCACCACUGCCAAUGCUAAACACUGAUCUUGAAGUUGAUGGUAAUUUCCCACCUGUUGUUGAAGCUUUCCGGCAGAAGAUUCUUCAAGCUGAUAGUGUCCUCUUUGCCUCGCCUGAGUACAAUUAUUCCGUCACCGCACCUUUGAAGAAUGCAAUUGACUGGGCAUCUAGACCACCAAACUGCUGGGCUGACAAAGCUGCUGCCAUUGUAAGUACCGGAGGAAGUUUUGGUGGUGGGCUAGCACAGUACCAUCUUCGCCAAAUUGGAAUUUAUCUUGACCUUCAUUUCAUCAACAAACCCGAGUUUCACUUGAAUGCAUUUGCACCUCCAGCAAAAUUUGACAGCAAUGGAAACUUGAUUGAUCCACAGUCUAAGGACAGACUGAAGGAAGUUCUUUUAAGCUUGCUUGCUUUCACUUUGCGACUCAAAGAUUUUGAGCAGGAAAAAAUGGCGACAGUGGCAGAAGAUUCUGUGAUCAAAGUUGCGGCUCUCAGUGGAUCCCUUCGCAAAGCUUCCUAUAAUGAAGGCCUCAUCAUUCGAGCUGGCGCCCGGAGUUUUCCCCCCAGCAGCUGAAGCUUUUCGGCAGGAAAUUCUUGAAGCUGAUAGCACCCUUGUUGCCUCUCCCGAGCAUAAUUAUCCAGUCUUUGAUACUGUUUCUUUCCAUGAAGUACUAAGCAUAUACGAGUAAUUCUUAA